AUGGAGCGUCUCCAGGUGUGGGGAUUCUUGAGCCUCUUCAUCAUCCACGCCGCCCAGAGCACCUCACACAGCUCUCAGCCCGUCUACCUGCUGCUGGCUCCCAGGAUCCUUCGCUCCGGAGUCCCAGCAUCACUGACCGUCUCCAUCCUCACCGACUCCGAGGUCGUCGUCUCUGCCCACAUCGUCCGUGGCAACCAGACGGUGUCCUCGGCGUCCGCCACUGUGGGAGGAGGUUCAACUAAGCUGCUGACGAUGCCUCCAAUCCUCACGAGCAACUCCAGCUACAUGCACCCCUACAUCCUGGAGGUCAAAGGUCACGUGGGGACCCACCAACUUUUCUUCAACUCAACAGAGCUGCGCCUUGACUCCAAAAGCGUCUCCACCUUCAUUCAGACGGACAAACGGAACUAUCUGCCCGGGCAGGCGGUGAAGAUGCGAGUGGUUUCCAUUCAUCCUGAUGGGAAACCGUACGUCAGCUCGGUGGACGUCACCAUCGCAGAUCCGAGGGGAAACCUGCUCAGACAGUGGUUGUCUGUGGACGGCGUCCUCGGCGUCGUGUCCAGAGAGUUUCAGCUGUCUGAGAACCCUCCUCUGGGAGAAUGGACCAUCGGCGCCACAGUCGAUGGUGUUUCAAGCAAGAAGCAAAUCAACGUGGCUUAUUAUGUGCUGCCAAAGUUUGAGGUGACGAUUGACGUCCCCAAGGUCAUUUCUCACGAAGACUCUCUGUUGGGCUCCGUCACUGCAGAGUACACGUACGGGAAACCUGUCCAAGGACACAUGUUUCUAACGUUCUCCCACCAUUUUCAUGGUAUUGUAGACGAGUACGAUGAAAGUGGAGAGAUUGACGGCACAAAAGACUUCUCCUUCUCUCUUCCCGACUACCACUCGAGGACCACGCGAGCUGUGGAGAUGGAUUUUUACGAAGGAUACAUGGAGGAGCAGUAUCUAACGGUCGUGGUUAAUGUGACAGAACGUCUCACAGGUCUCACCUAUAACAGUUCGGCCAUUGUGUCUCUGGCACAAUACAAAUAUAAACUUUCCUUUCACGGCUAUUCCAAAAUGUUGAGGCCCUCAUUAACGUUUGUUGCCAUGCUGAAAAUAUCCACAUACAACGAUCAGCCGCUGACCCUGGAGGAUCGGAGAAACACGGUUCAAGUGUCGGUGAUGCAGAGGAAGGAGAGUCCGUGGAACUGGAAAAUGGAUGAGCUGUUAGAAAUGAGGCCUCGUGCGUCGAACAUGUCGGGUCCUCAAAUUCCGGAGGAGAUGCCACCUAAAGAAAUGGAGUUUCCAGUUCCUGCAGAUGGAGUCAUACCCCUCCACGUCCUGGUCAUGAAUGAAACCGAAACACUCACUCUAGAUGCAUCUUUUGUGGACGGCCACAGCACUCUUCAGCUGUACAGAAGCUACACAUCACCCAGUCACGCGUAUCUGCAGAUUCAGAAACCCUCCACCGAUGCAGAGGUCGGUUUUCCCGUCCUGCUGCACAUCGAGCAGAACUUUCCAACGACGGAGAUUCACUACAUCGUGAAGUCCAGAGGUCAGGUGGUUGCUGCAGGUAAAGGCUCCGGGGACCUGACGCUGGUCCCUGACGUCUCCUGGGCUCCUCUGGCCUGUGUCCUCGUCUACUGUGUUCGUCCUGACGGGGAGAUCGUCAACGAUGUGCUGCAGCUGCCAAUCAAACCAACUUCACACAACCAGGUUUCUCUGAGCUGGAGCCACGCGAGGACGCGGCCCGGUGAGGACGUCACACUCAGGGUGGAGGUGGCGGAGCCCGGCUCGCUGGUCGCGAUCCUGGUGGUGGACAAGGCGACACGGGGGAGGGGAUCGAACAACGACAUCACCCAGAAGAGGGUGAUGGAGGAGAUUAAGGCGUACAGCGUUUCCCCGGCUGACGCCUUCUCCGACACAUUGACAAUGGGAGAUCCGUACUCUGUCUUCGAGGUUUGUGAUCUCGUGGCUCUGACCGAUGCCAGUUUACACAAGAUGAAAAAUGCACUGAGGCCUACAUUUCGGGAGGGAAUAUACCUUUCCCAGGACGACGAUCCGCCGAUGCAGCCACAGCAGGAUCCACGAGAGCGCCUCAACUUCCCAGAGACCUGGAUGUGGCUGGACACCAACGUGAGUGACUCGGACACAAAAGAGUUGAGUGUCACUGCACCGGACAGCAUCACGACCUGGGUCGCCACCGCCUUCGUCGUGUCGGAGAACUUGGGACUGGGCGUGGUCAAAGAGCCUGCCGAGCUCACGGUGUUCCAGGACUUCUUCCUGUCCUUGAAUCUGCCGGCGUUCAUCAUCCGAGGAGAGGAGCUGCUGCUGGAGAUCAUCCUGUUCAACUACCUGCUUCACGACCUGGAGGUCAUGGUGACUGUGGCGCAGAGCGACACCUUUGAGUUCGUCUUCCCGGACGUUGAGGGGCUCGCCAUGCCCGGCAUCCGGCGGCUGUCCAUGGGGAGCCAGAGCGGGAGGGCCGUCCUCAUUCCCAUCAAGCCGCUGGUCCUCGGAGAGAUCCCCAUCUCGGUGAAGGCCAAGUCGUACGCGGCGUCAGACUUCGUGCGCAGGACGGUGCUCGUCAAGGCCGAAGGAGUCGAGCAGACGUUCUCGUCCUCGCUGCUGUUGGAGGUUUCUCCGUCACAGUCGAGCGUUUCCACGCACGUCGCCUUCACCUUACCAGCAGAUCUGGUGCAGGGCAGCGAGAGAGCUGUGGUGACGGUGAUCGGCGACAUCCUCGGCCCCUCCAUCAGCGGCCUGGACUCUCUGAUCCAGAUGCCGUUCGGCUGCGGCGAACAGAACAUGAUCAACUUCGCUCCGAGCGUCUACGUCCUGCAGUACCUGAGCGCCACGGGACAGGCCGAGCGGGACACCACGGCCCGAGCCACAGGCUACAUGCUGACAGGGUACGAGCGAGAGCUGACCUUUCAGAGGGCGGACAACUCCUUCAGUGCGUUCGGAGACCGCGACUCAUCCGGGAGCACCUGGCUGAGCGCUCUGGUGCUGAGGUGUUUCCUGCAGGCGCGCUCCUUCAUCACCAUCGACGAGCACGUGCUGCAGGGAACGGCGACCUGGCUGGUCUCCCAGCAGGGGGCCGACGGGAGCUUCGAGGAGCUCGGCCGGGUCAUCCACACCGAGCUCAAGGGAGGUCAGGACAGUCCCGUGUCCCUCACAGCGUACGUCCUCAUCGCGCUGCUGGAGGACGACAGCAUCAAGGCUCAGUAUGGGAGUCAGGUGUCUGCAGCGAUGAUGUACCUGGAGACUCGUCUGUCUCUGGGAGUCGUCAGCAACUACAGCCUCAGUCUGCUCGGCUACGCUCUGGCUCUGUCCGGCAGCUCCAGCGCCGCCACGGCAGUCAGCCAGCUGAUUGGACGAGCCGAGACGACCGACGGCGUCCCGGCGUGGUCCUCCCCGCACGCCGGCCUGUCGUCGUCGUGGCAGCCUCGCUCUGCAGACAUUGAGAUGGUGGCCUACCUGCUGCUGUCUCUGCAUAAACUGGGUCGCACCGCGGAGGGCGUCGGCCUCCUCAAGUGGCUCAGUCGACAGCGGAACCACCGCGGAGGAUUCGGAAGCACUCAGGACACAAUCGUCGCCCUUCAGGCCUUGUCCACGCUCGCAGCGUUCGGCGGCUCGCACCACUUCGACCUCGCCGUCCAAGUGACCACGGACUCGGACACCGUCGCCUCGUUCCACAUCCACCAGAGCAACUACAUGCUGCUGCAGAGUCAGCAGGUGCAGCCACAGGAGGAGCUGUUGCUGAACGUGACGGCCGAGGGUCGGGGCCUCGCCCUGUUUCAGCUCACCGUGUUUUACAACACCAGGAGCGAGAAGCUGAUGAGGAGGAGACGAGAGGUCGACGAGCACGAGGCUUUUCAUCUCGACGUGGAUCUGUGGGACGUGGACAUGACGUCACCACACCUGGAAAUCUGCAGCAGCCUGUCGGAGCAUCUGGGUCUGAGUGCGACGGGCAUGGCCAUCCUGGAGGUGGGUCUGCUGAGCGGCUUCACCGUGGCACCGGGCGCCAUCCAGACUGACGAGGUCAUACGGGCGGUGGAGAUGCAGCAGGGGAAAGUCAUUUUGUACCUGGACUCUGUGACGAUGGACGAGAUGUGUGUAAAGAUUCCGAUGGACGUGGAAUUUAAAGUCGCCAAAGUGCAGGAGGCGACUGUUUCCAUCUACGAUUAUUAUGAACCAAGACGGAGGACGGUGAGGACGUACAUGUCUGAGAAGAGGAACACCAUGUCCACCUGCUCCUUCUGUGGGGACGACUGCAGCGAGUGCCGCGCGGACGAUUAUUACGAACUCAGUUCCGCGUCGUGCAGCAGCAGCAACUUCCUGCUGCUCACUUUUCCAGCUGCUCUGCUCUUCAUCAUCCUCUUCAGCCUGUAAAUAGUCAAACGAGUUCAGGUUUAGAUGUAAAAAUGUGUCGGGCAUGUGACAUGACUUGUUAUUCUCCCUUUACUCAAAUGUGUCCGUAGUUUGUUUUCAUAUUCAUGUGCAGUUGAAGUGUGACGUAAAAAUGAUCACAUGACAAGUGAGAAAUAUUUGCAGUAUGUUAGAAGUAGGUGUGGCCUCUACAAGU